ACAAAGCCGUUCAUGUUUCGAGAGAGGAUGACGCCAAUUUUCAGAAUGUCUUCUCAAGCCAAGAACUUCCGGGAUGCGGUUUACUGCCCACGUUCACCACGCCUGGCUUAACCAUCAACAAACUUCCUUGAAUUUAUUUCAAACAAUAUAUUUACCACUCAUCCCUACCUAAAACUCCUUUAUAAUAUAAACACUGACAUAGCACGCCUCCGUUGCCUCGCUAGGCUCGCUACAGCGCCGCGUCAGCAACCGUUCACCUAUAAUUUUUUUUGACAUCCUUUUACGAUAAAUUAGUGAUCCAUCUCCUAAGCUUGGGCCAUCAAGGCAGAUCGGCGGCAGAUUCAUUUAUCUCCUUGACUCUCUUGUCUUGCAGAGGCCCCACUCUCUAAAGUUGUCGGAUAUCGCAAUGAUGUGGUGUAAGGUUGUCGUCACGUUGGUCUUACUGUCCGUCUACAUGUGUUCCCUCAUCACCGACGCAACGGCGGACCCGUACUGGCAGAGCCCUGGCUGUCAUCUUGUAGGUUAUAGAGAGAUUGCAUCGGCGUCUGGCUGUCAUAUGGUGGCGUUUCAGAUGAACGCCUGCCGUGGCUACUGUUUGAGCUACUCCAGCCUGUCGCCCUAUGGGGCUCCGGGAGAUAAACUCUACGAGACGCGUGGCUCAUGCUGCUCAAUUCGAUCCACUCAUGACGUGAUAGUAAUCCUCCAAUGUGAAGACAACAAGCAACUUACACAGACGUACAAAUCAGCUGCCACUUGCGACUGCUCAUUGUGCUCCCACGACUCGUAGUACCCUGUGAAACACCCCAGGUUGAUUCGAGAUCAUUUCGAUUGAUUUUAUUUUUUCAUCGUUUGGAAACCUUCUUCAGUCUUCGCUUCUGAUCAGAUCCAGACAUUAAAAACAAUGGGGAUUAGGGACACAGAUUAAGGGGAGAGAGGGUGGAUAUCAUGCGUCCUCUGUUGGCGCUGUUAAUUUAGGAACAUCGUAUCAGGAACCCAAAUGUUAAAAAGGUUAAUUUGAAAAGAGAAAUAUUAAGAAUUUAUCAUUGUCAUUAAUUUUACUUUUUUUGCCUUGCUCUCGACCAUGUGGCAGUCUUGUAAUGACGGUAAGGCUGCGUCUGAAUUACGUGGCUACGGCCAGCAGUGGUUCAGUUGUCUAUUGGUAGGUGGAUUCAGCUGCCUUGGUGGAAGCAUGAGCUAUUGCCAGCCCCACCCAAGUAAUUCGGAAGAAGCCCAACUCGAUUGUCCAACAUACCGUUACAGGUCAAUAUUUUACCAGUGUCAUCAUUAUGCCGUAAUGAAGCUUGCCCUACCUAAUGACGUUCAACGGCCACAAACUUGAGUGAACAGUGAAUCAAAUAGUACUCAGCACUGGGUAUGCUUUAUCAGAUUUAUUAUCUCCGUUGUCUGCACUGAGAUGAGUUUCAAUAUUAAUCUUUAAAACAUUUUCAACUGAAUAAAAUAUUCCUCGUUAUUCA